AUGAUUCGUCUCAACCCCACGGCCCUCUCUGUCACAGUAGAGGAUGUAAACAACCUUGUGAUAAGCAAACAACGCGUCAUUGAUAGGUCCGAAGAGCAGCCUCCGUACACUGCUGCACAGGCUUCGGCAUCACCGACGGCGGCAUCAACAAAGGACGGUCAGCCAGACGCCUCGCCCUUGCAAGCACGUGCCGAACCGGAGAUGGAUGACAGUUACAUGGAAGAUGUACCCCAUCCGGUGCCGGCCUUGACGGAAACUCGCACUCGCGGUGGCAACAGCAGCAAGAACAGUCAGACUGCAGGUGAUAGUGAGGCAGGCCACGCUGCUGAGCGAAGCGAAGACCCUCCCCGUGCCCACCAGCAGCCCGAUGUUUUCCCACCGACAGGGCGCGACCGAGAGCCCGCCGACUUUAAAAUAUUCGAAGAACCCUCGCGAGUGGUCCGCGUCAGCCGUCGUGAAUUUGAGCAAUUCUUCGGGGGUGUCAAUGCCGGCAGCGAUGACGACGUGCCAGAUGUGCUGGAAGAGGUCGUCUAA